AUGGAGGCGAAAAGAAAGCGUCGUGGACGAACUUUUCGUGUUAGAUGCCACCGAGAGAAAAGUUCUUCGAAUUUAUUGAGAGGUGAAAUAAUUACUGACGCGAAUUGGAAAGAAUUUGUUGUUUGGUUGAAAAGCAAUGGUUUUCCUAAAACAAAGUUAACUCUUGGAAAUUUUCAAGGGAUUGGAAGAGGUUUAAUGGCCACCAAAGAGAUUAAGGCAGGCGAAGUGAUUAUAUCGGUACCCAAGAAAUUCUUGUUAACAAGAGAAAUGGUCAUCACCGAAUUAGAUAACAUGUUUUUGAAACUUGGAUGUUCUUUGAAACAUAAUAAUGACAAUAUUUCUGCAUGUCAAGCAAUCGCUUUAUAUUUGGCUUUACAAAAAUAUCGACAACAAAAGAGAAAAAAUAGUUGUAGUUUUUUUUCGUCAUAUUUGAAAUUAUUACCAAAAAAUUUUUGUUCUCUUCCAUUUUUCUUUGAUACUAAUCUAUUUGAAUUGCUACCCAAGGUUAUGAAAGAUGAUGUUCAAAGACAAAGACAGAAAUUCGAAUAUGACUAUAACAAUGUCAAGAGUUAUCUUAAGACGAAUAACUCCAAUUGUACACGUGAUAACAUAGCAGUUGCACCAAUGCUAGACUUCUUAAAUCAUAGUUCUAAGGCAAAGAUCAAGGGUGAAUAUAAUAAUUCCUCCAAUUGCUAUGAAAUCACUACAUUUACACCAUAUAAAAAAGGAGAGCAAGCGUUUAUAAAUUAUGGUCCACAUGACGAUUUUUUCAUAUUAAUCGAAUACGGAUUUGUGCUUUCAAACAAUCCGUAUAAUUACGUUUCGGUGGACCAUGAAUUUUCAACGCUGUCAAUACCAAACGAGACCAUUGCAGCAAAAGAAGAGAAAUUCAAUUUUUUAUUGAGUCAAGGGUUUUUCGGAGAUUAUACGUUACGCUUUUCCGAAAUUUCAUUCCGAUUAUUAACUGCAUUGCGAUUUCGAAUUCAAAAUCAACAGCUUGCUUUUACUUGUGCUGAUGAUACAUCAUCAACAUUUUCUUCUACAGCAACGCAGCGACAGCAUCGACCAUAUCAGCAGACAAUAAUAAAGAAAUGGAAAAGUCUUGUCAAUGGACAGAUGGAACAUGUUGAUUCAGAGAAUGAACAAUUGGUAAAAGUGUACCUAAUGCGGAUCUGUGAGUUUGCAAUCAAAGAAGCUAAGGAUACUUUGAAGAUUUUAGAAAAAUACGAUCCCAACAAUUUAUCUAUUUUGCAUGUAAAACAAAUCUGGCAAGAGUCUAUUGGAAUUGUGGAAUCUUACGGAUAUUUCCCAAAAACUCCUCGUUAUUUUUGUUUGUAA